UUUUUAUUUUUUAUUUUUUGGCGGAACCGGGAAUUGAACUCAGGCCCUUGCAGGUUAUUUUUAAACACCCGUGCCUUCUCCACCUUCCAAAGAUUGGAAGGCUACGGACUGGGGCCUAAGCGACCCCCUUAGGGUCCUCUAGAGUCCACUCUAGACAGGUGCUGGAAUUAAAAGCGCUUUACGGUUUACAAAAUGGUUUCCUGGUUUCGCCGAGAGCAUCCUCAGUGUUGGUCCCCGUGCCACGGAUGAGGAAGCAGAAACUGGCUUUGGGGCUGCGGUGGGUCAACUGGCUGGCCUAUGACCUGGAAGGCAUCCGAGCUACAUCUUAUUUUUAGUUUGCCCCUUCAGACAGGUGUCAGGGCUUAGUCACACAGCCUCAGGCUUCAGCUACUCCAGGCAUCUUGUCAUUUGGCAACUGAGUUCAAGAUACCCAGAGCCCAGCGGGGAGGGCAGAAGCCCUUGGUGUCCCAGCAGGCUGUGACCUUGUGGUUUGGUGGAGUGGGCCCUGGGAGAUUUCUGCCUCCACUUUCCAGGUGCCUGGGCCCACCCAGUCACACAUUUAAGAACUACUCUCUCAGAGUCUUCCUCAUUGCUACCAAGGCCCUUUUACAGGCAGACCAUGGCCGAGUUCUCCCAGAAGCGGGGAAAGCAGCGUGGUGAGGAAGGCCUGAGCAGCGCUGUGGACUUCCUCUUAGCCAAUGCCCGUCUGGUGCUAGGCGUGGGUGGGGCUGCUGUGCUGGGCAUUGCCACCCUGGCUGUGAAGCGGUUUAUCGACAGGGCCACUAGCCCUCAGGAUGAAGAUGAUGCCAAGGGAGACAGCUGGAAAGAACUCAGUCUGCUCAAGGCCACAUCACCUCAACAGCCCCGGCCCCCACCUGCUACCCUCAGUCAGCCCAUAUCGCCCCUGACCCCCUCACCCUCUGGUCCAGAGGGACCUGCAAACACAGAACCUCAGAUAGUACCUCAGCUCAUCUCCCCAGUACCAUUGUGUCUGACGUUCCAGGAGAGGCUGCUGGCAUUCGAGCGAGACCAUGUGGUUAUCCCAACAGCUAAUGUAGCUUUGGCCAAACAGCUGGCUUGUGACAUUGCCCUGGAGCUGCAGGCCUACUUGAGGAACAAAUUCUCAGAACUGCCCUUUGGGGCGCUCGUGCCUGGAGGACCGCUGUACGAGGGGCUACAGGCUGGGACCACGGAGCAUGUGCGCCUCUUGGCACCACUGGUGCUAGAGCCAGGGCUGUGGAAUCUGGUGCCUGGAAUGGACACUGUGGCCCAGGACCCGCGCUGCUGGGCCGUGCGCAGAACUCAGCUUGAGUUCCACCCACGUGGGAGCAGCCCCUGGGACCGCUUCCUGGUUGGGGGUUACCUCUCCCCUCGAAUCCUGCUUGAGCUGCUCCGAAAAGCCCUGAGUGCCUCAGUCAACUGGCCGGCCAUUGGUGGCCUGCUUGGGUGUCUGAUUAGGCCUAGCAUGGCCUCGGAGGAGUUGCUGCUGGAGGUACAGCAUGAGCGCCUGGAACUCACCAUGAUCCUACUCAUAGCAGUCACUGGGGCCAACAAGGACAACCGUCUUCUUCUGGCCUGGCCCCUGGAGGGACUGGCAGGGAACCUGUGGCUUCAGGAUUUGUAUCCAGUGGAGGCUGCUAGACUACAGGCCCUUGAUGACCAUGAUGCUGGCACUCGCCGGAGACUGCUGCUGCUUCUAUGUGGUGUCUGCCAUCGCCACCCAUCCCUGGGGCGCCUGGGCCGAGGCCAUCUGACCCAGGUGGUGCUGCAUCUGGGGGAGGAUGAGGUGGACUGGACUGAAGAGGCCUUGGGAGAGCGCUUUCUACAGGCCCUGGAGUUGCUCAUUGGCAGCUUGGAGCAGGCCAGCCUGCCCUGCUACUUUGACUCCAAUGUGAACCUCUUGGGUGACUUGCAGGAAGAAGAGAUUGAUGACAUGGGUUAUGCACUAUAUAGUGGUCUCCAGGCACCUGAGGGGCUGCUUUAGGUGGGUGGGAUCCUGGUGGCCAGCAUGUUUCCUGAUGCUGGCAAGGGGUAUCCACCCACCCCACAGGGAGUUGCAGAGUGGGUUUUUGGUUGCUUGUAGCCAGAACAAAAGAGGGUACCUGGCCUUAGUCCAUGGGGAGGAGCACAUGUGAGGGCUGUACUUGGAGAGCUCGGGUUGCUGUCACUUGAGUGCGGCUGGUCUGCCCCCUGCAGCUUGGAGCACCAGCUACUCAGUCUGCUGCCAGCCCGGGACUUGGGCUCAGUUCAUCACCAGCAAUGAAUCCGCUGAGAACAUGGCUUUUGCUAUCCCAGGCCAGAUAAAGGCCACUCCAUUUUUCUGCUAAGAGGACAAUUUACUGCUUUCUUUGGGUACCAGCUUGAGGCACGCUGGAGGCACAAAGUGCCUGAUCUUUUAAAUAUACCUUUGUUCCAUCCUUGGUGGCUGCUGUCACCUGAGACCUGGAAAGAAGGUUGACAUUUUCCUGAGGUCUUCUGUGUGUUUGAAUUUUGCAGCUCUGGAGCAGAAGCUCUGUUUGAACUGCUGCCCACCUAAUACCUCAGGGAAGGCCCCUUUUCUUCUAGUGGGUGAGUUUUCUUUUCAGGCUGCAGAGGCCCCAGGGAGAGCCCUUUCCUCAGGGCUGGUUGCUGCUCUGGGCCCGCUGAAGAGACUCCUGGAGGCUUGGGCUGUGGGGUUAGCCUCCUACCUCUGCAGAGUGCCACAAUGAACUGUUCAGUGAGUGUCCUUACUCCUGCUCUGAGGCUGUCUGAAGUAGAAGGGGCUGGAGGAGGAACAGUUUUCCUAUUAGGGGUACUGCCUGUCCCAGUAUCCCUUCUGCUGAAACAAAGCUAUGCCUUGAAUGUGAAGAGAAAUAAAAGGAAAAACUCUG